AUGCAGCGUGAACCUCCGAAGAAGAAGCGAGAGAAGAAGUCGGAAAAGCGGCUCUUUGACCCCGCAUCCUUCGGGAAGGACCUGCUGGCAGGCGGGGUCGCAGCGGCUGUGUCCAAGACUGCCGUGGCCCCCAUCGAGCGGGUGAAGCUCCUGCUGCAGGUGCAGGCGUCGUCCAAGCAGAUCAGUGCCGAGGCGCAGUACAAAGGCAUGGUGGACUGCCUGGUGCGGAUUCCCCGCGAGCAAGGUUUCUUCAGUUAUUGGCGUGGCAAUUUGGCAAAUGUUAUCCGAUAUUUUCCAACACAAGCUCUAAAUUUUGCUUUUAAAGACAAAUACAAACAACUUUUCAUGUCUGGAGUAAAUAAAGAAAAACAGUUCUGGAGGUGGUUUUUGGCAAACCUGGCUUCUGGUGGAGCUGCUGGAGCAACAUCCUUAUGUGUAGUUUAUCCGCUAGACUUUGCCCGAACCCGACUAGGUGCUGAUAUUGGAAAAGGUCCUGAAGAGCGACAAUUCAAGGGUUUAGGUGACUGUAUUCUAAAAAUAGCAAAAUCAGACGGAAUUGUUGGUUUGUACCAAGGAUUUGGUGUUUCAGUUCAGGGUAUCAUUGUGUACCGAGCCUCCUAUUUUGGAGCAUAUGACACAGUUAAGGGCUUAUUACCAAAACCAAAGGAAACCCCAUUUCUUGUCUCCUUUUUCAUUGCUCAAGUUGUGACCACAUGCUCUGGAAUUCUCUCUUAUCCCUUUGACACAGUUAGAAGACGCAUGAUGAUGCAGAGUGGUGAGGCUGAACGGCAAUAUAAAGGAACUUUACACUGCUUUGUGAAGAUAUACCAAAAUGAGGGAAUCAAUGCAUUUUUUCGUGGUGCCUUCUCCAAUAUCCUUCGUGGUACAGGGGGUGCUUUGGUGUUGGUACUAUAUGAUAAAAUUAAAGAAUUCCUUAAUAUUGAUAUUGGAGGUAGUUCAUCAAGAGAUUAA